CCGUGUCUCAGCCAUGUCCUCCUCUGUUGUUGCGUUCAAAAAUCAAAAUUAUGCUGAACUGAAGAGGGACUGUAUCCAGAGGAGGAAGCUGUUUAAAGAUCCAGAGUUCCCCGCAAACGAUUUAUCUGUGUUUCAUAAAGAACAACCUCGUGAUGUUGUGAAGUGGAAACGACCAGGGGAGAUAACCUCAAACCCUCAUUUGUUUGUGGAAGGUAUCAAUUCCCAUGACUUGAAUCAGGGGGAAGUAGGGAACUGCUGGUUUGUUGCUGCGAGCUCAUGUCUUGCUCUGAAACCAAACAUAUGGGAAAAGGUGAUUCCCGAUUGGGAGGAGCAGGACUGGGAUCCCAAACAUCCAGAAAACUAUGCCGGGAUCUUCCACUUCCGGUUCUGGGUCUUUGGUCAGUGGACAGAUGUGGUAGUGGACGACCGGCUGCCUACUGUUAACGGACGCCUGAUCUACUGUCAUUCAAAUAGUCAUAAUGAAUUCUGGAGUGCUCUGUUGGAGAAGGCUUAUGCCAAACUCUAUGGCUGCUAUGAGUCUUUAAGCGGGGGAUACACUGGAGAUGCUGUGGUGGAUUUCAGUGGAGCUGUUUAUGAAGUAAUCAACUUGGAUAAAGAGAUUUCAGACCAAGACCAAAUCAAUCUAUUUGAAAAACUACGCAAAGUUUAUAAACGUGGAGGAAUCAUCAGCUGUGGAAUCACGGCAGACCGGGAUCAAAUUGAGGCCAGGCUGGCAAACGGUCUGGUAAUGGGGCAUGCAUACGCUGUGACAGCAGUGAAGAGAGUACACAUCGGUCAUGGGCAAGGGGAGCACUCCAGGACUGAAGCUAUUCCCAUGGUCCGAAUGAGAAACCCCUGGGGACAAAAGGAGUGGAAUGGACCCUGGAGUGACAGCUCUAGGGAAUGGACCAAGAUUAGUGAUACAGAGAGGCACAACCUUGGCCUCACAGUAGAGGAUGAUGGGGAGUUCUGGAUGUCAUUUAGAGACUGGUGCAGACACUUCUCUGAUGCAGAUGUUUGCCACAUUGCUGAUCCUUCACAAACGUGGAAUGAAGCUUUGCAUUUUGGGAAGUGGAUCAUACAUGAAGAUCCACAAAGAAAUCGCAGUGGUGGCAGGAAAAAAAACAAGACAUUUCUACAGAAUCCUCAGUACCUGUUUGAUGUGACAAAGGAAAUGGAUGAAGUGAUGAUCACCUUGCAACAAAAAGACCGGAGGAUCUAUAAAAAAACUGGUCAUGGAGAUAAUUUGGUCAUUGGCUUUAGUGUUUUUAAGGUGGAAUUGAACAGGGAGCACAGAAUGCACCGACUUCUAUUUAACAAACAAGUGGGCGAAACGUUUUAUUCCAGAGCUCGGUCAGCUUUCCUGAGAUGCAACCUUCCUCGGGGCCGAUACGUCGUCAUCCCCUCCACGUAUUAUCCUGGUGAAGAAGGAGAGUUCAUGCUGCGAAUUUUCACCAAUGUGGACUCAGGCGUCCGUGAACUAACCACGGACCAACCCAGAGAGCAACGCUGGACUUCAUUUUUUUGGUGUGGAAAAUGAAUUUGGUGAAGGAGGAAUGUGUGGACCAGGUGGUGUUGUCUGGAUCACCAAUGAACUCUCAAAAUUAUCUGAAGCUCCAGCUCAGGAAGAGGGACAGUAAGAUGGCAGAUGAAAUGCCCGGCACCAUCAAUAUUAGUGUUGUUAUUAAAACUGAACUGACAGCUAAAAAAUG